UAAAAAUCUUUAGAUCUUAAUGGCAGCGAAGAGUUCGGUUCUCUGCAGUUCUUCAGUAGUCGCGCCGUAAAACAGUCUGUCGUGGUCUCGUUACGCGUUCUUGUGAGAAAGACGACGAGAAUACACCGGAAUUUCAUCAUCGUCCAACAUCGAACAAAAUUCUUCUAGUUACACUGCCAAAAAAAUACACUGUGGAAUACAGAUUAAUAGUUCUUCUUGGAUUCAAACAAUAACAAGACAAUGAAGCUGUCCAUUCUUUUGAUGCUUCUCUGUUGCUUCUGCAUCAAUGUUGGUUACACCAAAGAUAUCAGUCACGAGGACAUUAAGGAUGCUAUGCUGAGCUUGGUGCACAUGAUGCGGGAGAAUACGGAGAAGCUGGAGAGACACGAAGCAAGGGAGCGGCAGAUGGGCGAGCAACUGAAGAAGACCAUGACAAUUUUGACGAAGCGUGUGUCCGCCAUCGACGGUUUGAAGGUGCAGCUGACCAAGCUGGAUGAGAGAGUUUUGGGAAUAGAACGUUUGAUUAUGCAGAAAGACGAGAGGGAACGUAUACAGAUGCAAAAGACCACGGACCUUCUCGAGGAUCUGGAGAGCCGCCUGGAAACUUGGCUCAGGACCAUUGCUGACAAGAUAAGCAAUCAGCAGGAAAACGCGCCUGGACUGAACAAUAACGACAUUCUCGACAAACUGAACAAUACCGAGAGCAACCUGAUCGACGAGAUUGCAAGACUCAAAACUCAUCUGCACAGUAAUACGGCGAAGGUCGACAAGGAAUCAAGCGCGCUGACGGAGAAGGCGCACAGAAUCUUCUCGGAGGUGCAAGAUGUAGCCGCCAGAAUAGGAGACAUUGAGAUCUCCCUGGAAAAGAUAAAGCAGCUAGCGCAGAACGUUCAGGAUAAACCGUCGGAACAGCAGCUGGAUGCAGCUCCAGCCUUUAACGAGCACAUCAGGACAUUGGUGCGACUGCAAGAAUUGUUGGAAGACACGUCUGACAAGAUACGAGAGUUACCCAGGUUGGACCAAGUGCAAACGUUAUAUAACGAGACGCAGAUUGCGCUGCAGGAGACUAAGCAUACGUUGAAAGACUUCCUUAUACGCGGUGUCGACGAUAUCGGGGAUCGAAUAACCGAAGUGAAAGAAGAAACGAAGAAUUCGGUGACAGAAUUACGGAUGGAUCUGGCUAAUAACGCGGAACGCGUCAAGCAGGACCUCGAGGAUCUCGAGAAAGGUCAGUCCGUGAUGGUCUCCAUGGCCGAUCACGUGUUGGACACGAAGAAGAGGGUGGAGUACGGCGUGCACCAGAUUCUGCUGGAGGUGGGCGACUUGGUAAAGACGCAGGGUAACAACAUCAACAGUACUCUCAGUCAGAGAUUCGAUGGAAUCUCGAACGACAUCAUGGACAACCAGAACGGCGCCCUGGCUAAUCUCACCAGCAAAAUGGAGCUGGAGAUGCAUAAAGUCUGGCGACAGAUCAACGUGAUGUAUCAGCAGAUGACGGAGAGCGCUCGAGCCCUGGACAAGCUGCACCAGCAGAACGAGGCCUACGUUAACGGCACAACGUCCACCAUGGGUGGAAUGGAGAGCAAGGUCGGCGAGAUAACGAAACGCAUGACGGAAGUGGAUGAGAACUUGAACUAUCUGCUGGGUCGCCUGUCCCUGGUGACGCAGGAGUUCAAUCAGAUCAAAACCGGCCUGGGGAACGCAUUGGACAAUAUAAAGGCCUCCUUCAAGGUGGUGCAGGAAAAGGCGUCAGAUCUGACCCAUCCGGGUCCCCAUCCGCUCCCGGAUAAUUACAAGGACCCGAACGAAUCCGAGACCAGGAAACCAGAUGUUGUAACCGUAAAAUAAGCCGCGUCCGACUCUCGGAUCAAACGGCCGGCACAGAUUAGCCUCGUCAGCCGGGAAAGGUAGCCAUCUUCAUCCUUAGUGAGUUAACAUCCGGUUCAACAUCAUCAUCUUCAUCAUUGUAACCGUUGGAGACGAUCGCGAUGCACUGUCAUUCACGGCGAAUACACUUACGUUCUCGAUCUUCUGACGCCCACCGUCGUAUCUUCACGAGUAAACCAAUGAAUCGGUUUAUAAUGAUAUAAUUAACGAUAUAAUAUUCGUUAAAGUACGUUAUACGUGUAAGAAUCCAAUUGCAGAUGCAAAUGUAUACUUUUAUAAAAGAUAGAUAAGAGUUUCAUAUAUAGAUACUUAUUUUCUUUUUUGAGAGUUUUGAAAAUGUAGUUUCUAUAUGUUGCAUAAAUCACAUAAUGCAUAUUUAGCACAGUAUCUUCUAUAUAUAUAUGUGUGUGUAUGUAUGGCGCGUAUGUGUGUGUGUGUACUUAUACAUCCAUCCUGGAAAACUCAAAUAUUGAGAUAUCGAAGCUGUAAUAAUUUUUAAUUAGGAAAAAUAUUUAAAGUCAAAGCUACUUCAAACUUGGAGUAAUUUGAUUAACUCUAAUAUUUAUAUAAACACACACACAAACACGCGUGUGCGAUGCGCAGAACAUAAAAAAAUCAUAAUAAAACCAAGCGCUGUAAC